AUGUUCAGGACCGCGCCGCGCCGCUUCGCAGCUUCGCUGUGGCGGAGCGCAGAGAGCCUGUCACAAUUGGAGGCCGGCUACCAGACCGGCAUCAACAUCUCCAAAGCACAAGGCAUUGGCCAGCGGGGCUUCAUCGAUGCAAUUGGAAAGACGCCGCUCAUCCGUCUCAAGCGUCUCUCAGAGGAGACAGGCUGCAAUGUCCUAGGCAAGGCGGAAUUUCAGAAUCCUGGUGGCAGUGUGAAAGACCGUGCCGCCCUCUACGUCGUGGAGAAUGCCGAAAACCUGGGGUUACUGAAGCCUGGCGGCACCGUCAUUGAGGGAACCGCAGGCAACACCGGCAUCGGCCUCGCACACGUCUGCCGUUCGAAGGGUUAUAAGCUGGUCAUAUACAUGCCCAAUACGCAGUCGCAAGGCAAGAUCGACUUGCUGAGACUGUUGGGUGCUGAGGUGUACCCGGUACCUGCUGUCGCGUUCGACAACCCACAGAAUUACAACCACCAGGCCAAGAGGCAUGCAGAGAGCCUGGACAACGCUGUGUGGACGAACCAGUUCGAUAACGUCGCGAAUCGGCAGGCGCACAUCGAGACUACCGGCCCAGAGAUCUGGUAUCAGACGGAGGGCAAGGUUGAUGCAUUUACCUGUGCGACAGGCACCGGAGGAUCACUCGCGGGCGUCACCCGGUACCUAAAAGAGAAGAGCGACGGAAGAGUGAAAAGCUUCCUUGCUGAUCCUCCAGGGUCCGUCCUACACUCAUACAUCCAAAGUGGAGGCAAGCUUGCAGAGCGGGCCGGAGGCUCGAUAACAGAGGGAAUUGGUCAAGGGCGUGUCACGGACAACCUGAAGCCUGACAUUGAGCUUUUGGAUGGCUCGCUGCACAUUAGCGAUGAGAAGACCAUCGAGAUGGUCUACCGAUGUUUGGACGAAGAGGGUCUUUACCUGGGCGCCAGCUCGUGCCUGAACGUCGUCGCAGCAAAGGAGGUCGCGGAGAAGCUCGGGAAGGGCUCCACUGUCGUCACACUACUUUGCGAUGGCGCCUAUCGCUACGCAGACCGACUCUUCUCUAAGAAGUGGCUCGAAGAGAAAAAGCUUCUCGGCGCGAUACCUCAGCACCUCACCAAGUACAUCGUCCUACCGUAA